GCUGGGUGAGCACGACCUCUUGGCGGGGUAUUGCGUGCUUACGACUCCGCAUUGGGUACAUGACAUCGACAUGCAUAUCGAAACAUUGUAACUGAUUCAUCACGGCAAACGAAACAUUUGGGCUAUAUAUACGUCUGCACUCCGGACCCGGGAAAAGGCACUUGAGUUUUCACAUCAUGCCAUCCGUUGCACCUGCACCACUUCCAAAAUGGGAAAGACCCAAUAAGACAAGCGAGAAGCUUGACUGGGCGGACAUCAAAGUCAUCGACCUAUCCCGGUUCGACGAGCCAGGAGAGAGGCAGAGGCUGGCGGAAGAUUUGAGAGAUGCCGUACACAAGACAGGCUUCUUCAGCAUAAUAGGGACGGGAUUGACCCAGGAAGAAGUAGAGCGCCAGUAUGAUAUCGGGCAAGCAUACUUCAAUCUAUCGCUGGAAGAGAAAGGAGACCCAAAAUACCGAUGUGACUUCGCCAAGGGCAAUUACUUCGGGUAUCGUGCGGCAAACGAGAAGAAAAUCAUGGGCACAGAAGUCCUCGACAACGUAGAGUCCGUCAAUAUACCCAAGUUCAUCCCCUCCAACAAAGACGAGCCCUUCCAGCCCUUCCUCCAACAAUAUCGCUCCGAGAUCGAGGCCUUCUCGCGGCGCUCCCUGGACAUCGCUACUAAAGUCUUCACCCUCUUUUCCAUCAUCCUAGAGCUCCCAGAAGACUACUUUUCAAAACAGCAUCUGUACAGCGAUCCCAGCGAAGACCACCUGCGCUACAUGAUCUACCGCCCUCGCAGUGAAGCAGACGAUGCAAAAGUGCAGAAUACAUGGUCUCGCGCACACACUGACUUUGGUUCGCUAACCCUGCUCUGGAGCCAGGACGUCGCGGGACUGCAGCUCAAAACUCCGACCGGGGAGUGGAAGUAUGUGCCGCCAGUCGACAACGGCAUCAUCUGCAAUGUUGGCGACACGCUCGACUUUUGGUCCGCGGGCUAUCUCAAGUCGACGAUACACCGCGUGGUGCGGCCGCCCGCGGACCAGGCGCACAUUCACCGCUUGGGACUAUUCUACUUUGUGAGGCCGGGGAAUGAGGUUGAUAUCAAGCCUGCACCCUCGCCGUUGUUGAAGAGAUUGGGGUUGGUGGGGGAAGAUGCAGAAACUGCGACACCGGUACGGGGGCUGGAGUAUGUGAGGGAGAGGGUCAGAAAUUAUCAUGAUCAUAAUGACUACGCUGACAUGAAGGGGAAGAAAUUCAAGGUGGGCAACUUGGAGAUUGAGGAUGAGGCUGCCUGAGCGGUGGGGAUGGAUGGGCGGAAGGAGAUAGCAGAAGACGGAAGAAGAGUCACUGCAGCUAAAGUGGAAAUCGAG